AGCCAAUAGCGUCGAGAUCUGGUGUGGAGAUGCGGUCGAAACAGUUGUUGCGAGCGAUGUCUCACUCGGACUCCACCGUCAAUACGAGGCGUCGACUCCAAGAGUUCAGUAAACUUCUGGUGACUUAUCCCGAGUCCAGCGAAUACGCCGUCUCUCAGAAAGCCGUGAAACAGAUCUUACAAUUGAAUCAGUGGUCGGACGACCCGGUGGUGCGCCAGCACUCGUGCCAAGUGUUGGCCCAAUUAGGUCACUGCGAGCCGCCAAAGGGCACCGGUAUUCGCAUACUCAGUAUCGACGGCGGAGGCACGCGCGGAAUACUAGUCAUUGAAAUACUGCGCGAAUUGGAGCGCCUGAGCGGUCGUCCCAUACACGAGAUGUUUGACCUGAUCUGCGGCGUGAGCACCGGCGCCAUCAUCGGUAUGCUGUUGGGCGCGCUGCGCACACCCAUCGACGAGUGCGAGCACUACUACCACCGCUUCAGUUCCCAUCUGUUUAAGUCGGACUUCUUCCGAGGGGCCGGACGUCUGAUUUGGUCGCACGCCUACUACGACACCGCCGUCUGGGAGAAGAUCCUCAAAGACAUCUACGGCGAGACGCGGCUGUUGGAGACGCGACAGACGCCCGGCGCGCCCAACGUGUUGGCCGUCAGCGCCGUCAUGAAUAAGCCGUCGCUCGAGGCGUUCGUGUUCCGCAACUACGAGCUCCCGGUGCACAGGCGGCCGCUCAGCCAAUACGACGGCAGCUCCGCCUACAAGAUAUGGGAGGCCGUGCGGGCAUCGGCCGCCGCUCCCGGAUAUUUCGAGGAGUUCCGGGCCGACCGUCUCGUGCAUCAGGACGGAGGCCUACUCAUCAACAACCCGACGGCGGUGGCCGUACACGAGGCCCGUCUCCUGUGGCCCGCCGAGCAGAUCCAGUGCGUGCUGUCUGUGGGCAGCGGGAGGUUUGUGCCGCACGUCGAGCCCCAGAGCGCGCCGCCGUUGACGAGCCUGAAGACGAAGAUCAUUAAACUGAUAGACAGCGCGACGGACACCGAAAUGGUUCACCGGCUGAUGAGAGACCUGUUGCCCGAGAAGAGCUAUUACAGGAUUAAUCCGUUUCUCACAGAACACGGAACUAUUGACGAGAAUCGACCGGAAAAGUUGGAUCAGAUGAAGGCCGACGCCAAGAAGUAUUUGAGGAAAAACGAGUCGAUCGUAACGCAAGCGGUCACUGAGUUGUCCCAUAAGAGGAAAGUGAGGCAACGGCUCGAGGAUUGGCUCAAACUUCAGUACAAUCUGAGG